UGUGUUGAUCUCCUUAGUCCAGCACAGCUCACCAGCCAGAAAGGAGAGAGGGACGCCCAUGCGGACGGUCCAAAAGUAUCUUUAAACCUGGAGCGUGAAAGGAGAUCAAGAAUUGCCUAUCUCAUCCGUUCCCAUUCGUCUUUUCUGUCCUCUUCUCUCUAUCUCUUUCGUUCUUGUUCCCUCUCUUUUCACCCUCAUCCAUCCUGGGUUGGGUCAGUGCUUUUCUAUGGGUUGCUGCUGAUACAGCGUGGACUGGGAAAGACUAGGGAUUUGUGAUGGUUGUGGCUCUGGAUGCAGUGUGGGUGAGGGUGAAGGGGGUGUGCAAACAGAAUGGACUCCUCAUUCUGUCUGUAUUGGCUGUGGUCAUAGGAUGCCUGCUGGGCUUCUUCCUAAGGACUAAAAGGCUCACAGAGCAGGAAGUGAAGUAUUUCCAGUUCCCUGGAGAGCUGCUGAUGAGGAUGUUGAAGAUGCUCAUCCUUCCGCUUGUUGUGUCCAGUCUGAUGUCAGGGCUAGCAGCCCUAGAUGCUAAGUGUUCCAGCAGACUGGGCCUUAUCACCGUGUCUUACUACCUGUGGACCACCUUUGUAGCAGUGGUGGUGGGCAUCAUCAUGGUGUCCGUCAUCCACCCUGGAGGAGCAGCCCAGAAGGAGGACUCAGAGGACAGCGGCAAGGCCAUCAUGAGCUCUGCCGACGCCCUGCUUGACCUCAUCCGCAACAUGUUUCCAGCUAACUUAGUUCAAGCCACAUUUCAACAGUACCGGACGAGAAGUGUUCCCAUUAUGAAAACGCCGAAGGCCACAGUGAGUCAGAGCCUAUCAGAGUCCACCACAAGGCGAGCACUCAUAUACGGUAUCCAGGACGACAACGGAACAGAGCUCCAGAACUUCUCCUUGGACCUGACUCCUCCCCCAGACGUAUACUUCAAAACAUUACCGGGAACCAGUGACGGAAUGAACGUCCUUGGAAUCGUCAUCUUCUCAGCCACUAUGGGUAUAAUGCUGGGCAGGAUGGGGCCUAACGGAAGCGCCUUGGUCAACUUCUGCCAGAGCCUGAACGAGGCUGUCCUGAAGAUUGUUGCUAUCGUCAUCUGGUACUUCCCAUUCGGCAUCGUGUUCCUGGUGGCCGGUAAGAUCCUGGAGAUGAGUGAUCCGUCGGCCAUGGGUAAGAAGCUGGGUUUCUACGCUGUCACGGUGGUCUUUGGUCUGAUCCUCCAUGGGCUCUUCAUCCUCCCGGCCAUGUACUUCUUCAUCACCAAGAAGAGCCCCAUCGUCUACAUCAGGGGCAUCCUGCAGGCCCUGCUCAUCGCCCUGGCAACAUCCUCUAGCUCUGCAACGCUGCCUAUCACCUUCAAGUGCCUCCUGGAGAACAACCACAUCGACAGACGCAUUAUCCGCUUCGUGCUCCCCGUGGGUGCCACCAUCAACAUGGACGGGACGGCGCUCUACGAGGCCGUGGCUGCCAUCUUCAUCGCCCAGGUCAAUAACUACGAGCUGGACUUUGGACAGAUCAUUACCAUCAGCAUCACUGCCACAGCAGCCAGCAUCGGUGCUGCAGGAAUUCCACAGGCUGGUCUGGUCACUAUGGUGAUCGUGCUAACAUCUGUUGGGUUGCCAACUGAUGACAUCACUCUCAUCAUUGCAGUGGAUUGGGCAUUAGACAGAUUCCGGACCAUGGUGAAUGUUAUGGGGGAUGCGUUGGCCACAGGUAUCAUGGCCCAUAUCUGCAGAAAAGACUUUAUCAAGGAAGGAGAUGGUGUGCCUCUGAUCUGUGAGACCAAGCCCAUGAUAAACAUCCAGCAGCACAUGAACUGUGAGAACAACAACGGUAGCUACCAGCCACCUCCCCAGUGCUCAGGGGAUAAACCAGACGCCUUCCCCCCCGACGUUGCCCGCCUCAUGCAGUUGGAGGAAGGGGUGCGGCCCCCGCCCCCUCCGGAGAGGAAAAAGCCCCCUGUGCCUCCCAGGCAGCUGAAGAAGGAUAAGGACCACUGUGCCAUUGAUAUGAAUGGCCUGGAAACCAACGUAUAGGUCCCAUACCUCACAUCACCACCACUCAUCCCAACAGGACUGAUGUGGAAAGCUCCACCGUCCAUCACCAGUUGGAGGCGUUAUUUUUCAACUGAGUCUCGUGGUUCAGUACGUCGGAAUGAAAGGCCAACGCCACUGGAACUUAUAGAGGUGAAGAUGAAUGAAUAGAUGAACAGAGAGAGCAAUGAUGGAUCCCAUCUUAUUUUUUAUUGUUAUUGUUGACUGAUCGAGUCACUCAUUUUCAUUUUCUGUUUUGUUUGUGAGAAACGUGAGAUUUGCGACAAGACUUUGUUCUGUGCUUUCAUUGAUUGUGGAUAUAGGUUGGGAGCACCGGGAUGGGGGCAGUACAGGCUUCUCUGAAACCUGACAGUGAUGUACUGGGAAAUAAUUAUUUUCCAGGAUUCCUUCAAAGACUCAACACUAGCUGGGAUAACUGAAGCACCGUGACAGUGGAUGUUUAUGGCCAAAGGGAGGACGUUCUGUAUAUGCUGUUCACUUUCCAUAUCACCUAUACACACGGUUCACUUUCCAGACUACCUGUACAGUACACACUGUUCACUUUCCAUAUCACCUAUACACAGGGUUCACUUUCCAGACUACCUGUACAGUACACACUGUUCACUUUCCAUAUCACCUAUACACACGGUUCACUUUCAAGACUACCUGUACAGUACACACUGUUCACUUUCCAUAUCACCUAUACACACGGUUCACUUUCCAUAUCACCUAUACACACGGUUCACUUUCCAUAUCACCUAUACACACGGUUCACUUUCCAUAUCACCUAUACACACGGUUCACUUUCCAUAUCACCUAUACACACGGUUCACUUUCCAGACUACCUGUACAGUACACACUGUUCACUUUCCAGACCAUCUGUACACACAUGUACAUACCUGUACAUCCCAUAGCUGCAUAGCAGGAAAUGCUCAGUCUGUGUGCACUUACUGUAUGUGUGUGGGCCUGUGAACACUCUGCAAGGUGGAAGAAUUUUCUCCACUCUUAGAAAUGUGUACAUACUUGUAAUACUAUUUGCAUUGCUUGAGGUACGUAGAUAUUGUCUUUGAUAUUUCAAUUUUAUAAUAUUUAUUUCUUGAUCAUUUUAUUGUCAUCCUGAGCAACAUUUCUGCAGAAAAGCGCAAAUGGGCCAUAUGAGUACGUUUUGUGGCUCUUGCUACUGUCACUGUCUGCAACAUAAAAUAAGUGAAUAAGACAGCUUUCUUUGUCAUGAAACCGAGCAGAAAAGAGAGAGGACGACAAGAUGUCAGAAGUCUAAUUAGCCAGCAGCUCCGACCCGCUUGCUUACAGCUGCACUAGGGUCAGACAGCAUUCCUGUGUACAUUGACACCGUGGA